AUGCCGGUGCCACAUCUCCGCCGCUCCUCUUUGACCAGCCGGUCGUCAAGGGAGCAGUCUCCCGCCAGUGGAGAUGAAGAAAUCGUUGAGCCGGAACAGGGCAAUGUUAGGAUGUCCCGGGAAAUGUCAGGGCGGGAAGAAACACAGAGGGCCCAGGUGCUCUCGCAUAUCAUUUCCCAGCUUCGACCAGGUGCCGACUUGAGCCGAGUGGUCCUGCCCACCUUCAUCCUGGAACCGCGAUCAAUGCUCGAGCGCAUUACAAACUUCAUGGCGCAUCCUGAAACAUUGCUGCCAAUGUCUGAAAUUGACGACCCAGUCGAACGCUUUGUGUCCGUGGUGAAGUUCUACCUGAGUGGAUGGCAUAUCAAACCGCCAGGUGUUAAGAAGCCGCUGAACCCAGUGCUGGGGGAAACGUUCACUUGCUACUGGGACUACCCCGACAACACGCGCGGGUACUAUAUCUCUGAGCAGACCUCGCACCAUCCACCCAAGUCCAGCUACUUUUUCAUGGCUCCCGAACAUCACAUUCGAAUCGACGGUACCUUGAAGCCGCGCAGCAAGUUUUUGGGGAACUCCGCAGCUAGCAUGAUGGAAGGUAUCGCAAUCCUUCGACUGUUGAAUCGAGGCCAGGACAGAGAGAAAGGCGAGCGAUAUAUUGUGACUCAGCCCAACAUGUACGCGCGUGGUAUCCUGUUUGGCAAAAUGAAGUACGAGCUUGGCGAUCACAGUUAUGUGCGGUGCCCGGAGAACCACCUCGUGGCCGACAUUGAAUUCAAGACCAAAGGUUACUUCUCUGGCACAUAUAAUGCCAUCGGCGGCGUGAUCAAGAAUGAGCAAACUGGGGAGGUCUUGUAUGAGUUGUCUGGCUUUUGGAACGGCGAGAUGCACAUCAAGGAUGUCCACACCCAUCACAAAGAAGUUCUGUUCGACGCUACUCACGCAAAGCACGCCAAACCUCGUGCGCGUCCCAUUGCCGAGCAGUCGGAACGUGAAUCUCAGCGGCUGUGGGAGCCCACGGUCAAGGCGAUCAUCGCGCAAAACCACGCCGCUGCAACGGAUGAGAAGACCAAAAUUGAAGACCGGCAACGGGAGGAAGCAGCCAUGCGUGCCGACGACGGUGUAGAGUGGCGGCCGCGAUUGUUCCGCCACGUGGAAGGCGGUCCAGGAGGUCGUGACGAGGGUGAAGAGGACCUGGAUUGGAUUAUCAAUGCCGAAGUCGUGGCUCACGACCCGCAACUUGCCACGAAGCAAAUCCUGGCCAUCGCACCGAUUGUCGAAGGCCAAACGGACCCCAGCCAGUUCCAGAUUCCGCCACGCACAUCCGAGCCCUCCGAAUCGGUGCCCCAGGCGCCAGCUCGACAGGAUGUAGCCGCUCAACCCCCAAAUGCAGCCGCUCCACUGCCCACCGUGGGAACAUCUACAGAAAUCAGUCCUGCUGCACCCGCGGUUGUGCAACGGGUGGACACCGAGACUCACCAGGUUGAGAAGUUUGUGGACGCCCAUGAAUAA